GAGAGGAGGAGGUGAGGUACAGCAAGGAGCCUGUGACACUGGGGUCUAGGGCAGAAUGGCCCAGGCCCUGGGAGAGGACUUGUUAUCAGAACUACAGGAUGAUUCUAGCUCCCUAGGGUCUGACUCAGAGCUGAGUGGGUCCAGUCCAUAUCGCCAGGCUGACCGUUAUGGCUUCAUUGGGGGCAACUCAGCUGAACUGAGGCUUGGUCAGCCCUCUGCAGACCUCAUCCGCCAGCGAGAGAUGAAAUGGGUGGACAUGACCUUGCACUGGGAGAAGACCAUGUCCCGACGAUACAAGAAGGUAAAGAUACAGUGCCGCAAGGGCAUCCCCUCAGCCCUGCGUGCCCGGUGUUGGCCCCUAUUGUGUGGGGCCCAGAUGUGUCAGAAGAACAACCCUGGCACCUAUCAGGAGCUGGCAGCGGCCACAGGGGACCCGCAGUGGAUGGAGACCAUUGGCAGAGACUUACACCGUCAGUUUCCUCUGCAUGAGAUGUUUGUGUCACCCCAGGGACACGGGCAGCAAGGGCUGCUGCAGGUUCUCAAGGCCUACACCCUGUACCGGCCAGAGCAGGGGUACUGCCAGGCUCAGGGGCCUAUAGCUGCUGUGCUGCUCAUGCAUCUGCCCCCAGAGGAGGCCUUCUGGUGCUUGGUGCAGAUCUGCGAGGUCUACCUCCCUGGCUACUAUGGGCCCCACAUGGAGGCUGUACAGCUGGAUGCUGAAGUGUUCAUGGCCCUUCUGCGGCGGCUGCUUCCACGCGUGCACAAGCACCUGCAGCAGGUAGGCGUCGGCCCCCUGCUCUACCUGCCUGAGUGGUUCCUGUGCCUCUUCACUCGGUCGCUGCCCUUCCCCACAGUACUGCGCAUCUGGGAUGCCUUCCUCAGUGAGGGUGCUAAGGUACUGUUCCGCGUGGGGCUGACACUGAUGCGCCUGGCACUGGGCACUGUAGAACAGCGCACAGCAUGCCCAGGGCUCCUGGAGACACUGGGGGCCCUACGAGCCAUUCCCCCUACCCAGCUGCAGGAAGAAGUCUUCAUGUCCCAGGUGCACAGUGUGGCCCUGUCUGAGCGAGACCUGCAACGGGAAAUCAGGAUCCAGCUAGCCCAGCUUUCCAAGUCGCCCCCUGGGCCAGCCCCUCUGCCACAGGCCCGCCUUCCUGGGGCCCAAGCCAUCUUUGAGUCCCAGCAGCUGGCAGGGGUUCGAGAAAGCACCAAACCUGAGAUACCUCGAAUUGUGGUACAGCCCCCAGAGGAGCCCAAGCCACCACGGCGCAAGCCACAGACCCGUGGUAAGACUUUCCAUGGACUCCUGAUAAGGGCCAGGGGACCCCCUAUUGAGGGUCCCUCCAGGUCCCAACGAGGCUCUGCCUCUUUUCUGGACACCCGAUUCUAAGUGCACCAUACACUUAGUGCCACCAUAUCUUAAUCAUCUGAACAGUGAUGCCAACCCCAGAAGUGUGUGCUCUACUGUUGGGCUGUAUGACUCUGCUGUUUCCAGCAAGGACCACCUUGAGGAGUGACCUUAAAGUGAGUGUCUCCUCACUUUAAGGACUGUGUCAGACACGGAGAUAAAGAAAGGAAGGAUACUGAGUGGAGCUUGUGGGGAGCUAUUUGAUGCUUGCCAUUGCCAGCAUCAAAGCCAACACUGAAGGAUUAUGGGAGUAAAUCCUCUGGCUGAGAUAUGGUACCCCAUGGGCUUCUUGAAAGGGAACCCUCAAAUAAAGCCUAUCUGAGAAGGCACUGGGUAAAGUUGGGUCAAAUAUUCCUCCCCUCUCCA